AGAUUUGUACAAUAACAGAAAGAAUGUGUUUUUUAAAAUGAAUAUUUUUCAGAAAUGCAUCAUUCUUUUUUAUAUCAUACAAUCGCAAUUGUUCACGAGUACAUGCUCACCAAUAGAUAAAAUAAUUUCAUUUUUCGAGGCCUCUUCUAACUCUGUUCGUAAUGACACGCCAUCAUCCAGGGAAGAAUGUAUGGCGCUUAAUGCUAUUCAAAGAGGUACGAAUAUGUGGUGUUCCAAAGAAAUCACGUCUCAAGAUGAGGUUGUGACAUGGACGGGGAGAAUAAAAGACGAACGAAUAGUUAAGGGUGUACGGAUUAAUUGGGGUUUAACUCCAGGAAUGUACAUGAUAGAGACGUCAUUGAAUGGUGAGACAUUUAAGGUGGUGAUCCCAUGGAAAGAAAUUAUGAAUACUGAAAAAGAGUUUAUGACAGAAGACGUUAUUUUCCCUGACCAGUUGACGGUUAUAGCUAUAAGAUUGUCAAUGCGACAGCCGAUUCAUCACUUUUUUGGAAUAAAUUUUAUAGCGUUUUUAGCAUCUGGACAUGCUCUAAUGAUGCUUACCAGUGGAAUGACAUCUCCUAAUGGAGAAACAUGUUUACAAGCUGAACAGAGUGACUAUGAAUCAGGAACCAGUAUUAUUCUGGAUAAGUGUUUAAAUGCAAUUCAAAGAGCUGAUGGGCGUGAAUUAUUUAUAUACAAUGAGAAAAAACAACUUGUUCAUGACAUGUCUCAACUAUGUGUAACUCUCAAGGAUAACGUAGUGAUUGAUGGGGGACAAGUUAUACUUGACGAUUGUGAGUCUAAUUUUUUGGAUGGUCGAAAUCAAUUUGAAGUUUUAUAUGACAAUCGUCUCCGUAUUCUUCGAGCAGGAGAUUUUUGUCUAACUCAGGAAGGAAAGAGUGUGGGAAACGCAGAUGUGGCUUUUCAGAAAUUGGUGACAUCGAAAUUUUCGCGGUAUCGAGAGGAAGAGCAUAGCGCAGAAAUGGCAGUGGAUGGGAAUUUUAAAACUUACUGGGUAUCACAGGAGUUCGACUAUCCUUUUGGUUUACCAGAAAGUGUUGAUUUCUCUUUAGAUCUUGGAGGUGUUUUUAAAAUAGCUUCGAUAGGGAUUCAUUGGGUAUUUCCUGCAGCAUCCUAUGAAAUAGCCAUAUCACUCGACAAUCAAAAAUUUGAAAGAAUUUCGAAAAUUUUGGGAAAUUCGCGUAAUAUUACACAAGACUUUCUUGAUGGACGUCUAGCCCGCUAUAUCAAGUUUAAUUUUCUUAAACCACAUCCAUCUUUAAGUGUGCGAGAUAACAAAGCUAUAUAUGGUAUUUCUCAAUUAGCAGUAUAUUCCAAUAAGUUGAAAAGCAGUGUAACACAGUGCGAUGAGGCGGUAUUAUCUAAAGAUGCAAGAGAAAAGUAUUUCUUUACAGUUGUUGCUGAAUUCGACCCUUCAACGGGACUUGAAAUGAAUACAUUGAGAAAAAAAUUUAAUUCAAUACAAGAAAACAUUCAUAAGGAAAUCGAUAAGGUAGAAGGUCUGUUCAAUUCAAUGGAAGACUGCGUUAAAAAAAUGAAGCAACGUGAAAAAGACACUUCGUCCCUUUCGUCUCAUAUUGGCAACAAAAAAACGGAAUUGCAGUUACUCUUAUAUAAUUUGACUACAGAUAAUGGAAGCUUAGAAAAAUCCGUGCAAACAAAUCAACGCGAGGAAUUCGCAGAUUGUUAUGAAAUUUUUUUACAAGAUAAAACAAGUAUUAGUGGGUUUUAUUUUAUCACGUCUCCCUGUGAUGGCGAAAAGCGGAGAGUUUACUGUGAUAUGAAGACUCAGCGGACAAUUUAUUUAUAUCAAACGGGAAUGAAUAGUUUUGAGGAUAUUCUUGAUGAGAAGGAUUUUUAUCAUGAAAGCUUUGAUAAUUCAAAGAUGGUCACAGCUUGGGAACCAAAGGAUACGAUUCUUUUUUGUGAAAAAAUUGGAAUGAUACCUUUUGUUCCUCAGAACAUGAAAGAUAUAGACCUGCUAGAGAAAAUAAAAAUCAUAACAACACAAAAGGAUGCAGUUUCCAAGGGUAAUGAUGUUGAAAACUUUUUUCCAUUAGGUUUUUUUCCAAAUAAUUUCGAAACGUUAAUACUAGGACUCGAUUUACAAACUAAGAUUUCUGACUGGAUGAAGCCUGUGCAUCCAACAAUCGACCAACAGGUGAUUGGAUUGUCUUCAGAAAGCAAAGGGUUGAAAGUAUCAAAAUGGCCACUGCAUUUAGCUGGCGUGUUUUGUUCUACAGAGUCCACUAGUAGGAUAUAUGAAAAUAUACCCAACGUCACAUGCGAAACCGUGUUGAGGAAGAAUUCUUUGUUUGAAGGAUGUCCGUAUUCUUCUACUAUUAUUCGUUGUUUGGAUGUUUGCUCAAAAAAACUUAACAAUGAUUCUCGGGAAACUAAACUAAGGUUGUUUGGAACGUAUACAUACCGAGAUGAUAGUUCUAUUUGUCUUGCCGCGGAACAUAGUGGUGCUUUAGGGAAGCACGGUCUCGUUAACGUAACGUUUCUCCCUGGUUUCACGAAAUAUGAAGGAAGUUUUAAAAAUGGAGUAAACUCUGAGUCUUAUAAUGGAGUCGCGUGGGAUCGAUCGUUUACCGUAUCUCAGUUACAAAGUGAAUGUAAAAAAAAAAAUAAGAUGAAAUUAUCUUCUGUUUCAUUUCUCCAAACAAUUAAUUCACACGAAACGUCUACGGUGUCCCAAGAAAUUAAAAGGCAUAUAUUUGAUUAUUCCGAUGAAGCAACAGACAGUUCGUUGAAAGAAAUGUUAACACUUAAUGGCUUACAAAUAAAUGUCGAUUCUAUAGCCCAUUUAAUACAAACGGCAAAGGAGACGAUUGCCAAAAGUCGUUCUUAUUUAAAACCGGCUGAACGUGUGUUAACUGAACUACAAAAUGUUUUAAAAACAGAGAACAUUGAGCUGGAGACCUUGUUAAGGAAGAUAUAUAAUUAUCAACGCUCGUCAUUUAAUAAGCUACAUGGUGUCGUUUUAAAAACCCAAAAUUUACAAGAGGAUGUAGUUUUUUUACAUGAAGGAACAAAAUCUUUCAAUGCAGAUGAUUUGAUACCUUUGAAGUACAAUGAAAUAGAGUCGAUAUUCACUGAACAAGGUCAACCAAUAUUAGUGAACACAUCGCUACAUCAACAGAUAUUGGCCUCGUCGGUGAUGACACCUAACAAAAAAUGGUUUUUCACAUCGCUAAAAACAGAAACCUCGAUGUUUUCUGAGUCGCAUGAUACUGGCAUUCCAAGAUUGUAUUACGGAUUAAAAUACGAUGAUUUAUGUAAUAAUAAAGACGCCGUAGAAAGUACUGAUUUAACAGAGGCAAGCAAUGCAAAUAAUAAAGAAAAAAGUGCAUCUUCAUACGGUGUACCUAUUUAUAUGAAAAAUAAAAAACUGUACGACGGAACAUUUUCUCUUAAAUAUAAAAUAAAUAACGGAGAAGGUUUAUUCGCGGUUGCUUUUCGUAUAAAGGACCCAAGUAAUAUGUAUAGAAUUGAAAUGCGACAAAACAAUGGUCUGAAGUCGUUUGUCAAAGUAAAAAACGGUGCUGAAAUGAUACUGAGUGAAAAAAAUGAUGGAGGAUAUUUGAAUUCUGUUUGGUACUCUAUAAAAAUUGAGUUAGAGAGGGAUCUGAUUACAGUUUUUAUCGCUGAAGAAGGAUCCCCCUUGAAGAAAAUCUUUCAAAUAUUAGACUCCUCAUUUUUCUCAGGGACAAUUGGGUUUUCAGCAGAACAAGUUUCACUAGUUCUUGCGAAUCUAAAAUUUGACACGAAGGCUUGCAUCCAAUCUGAAGUUCCUGUAGCUCCUCCAUUCCCAUAUUCCUGUAGCAUAUUUAACUACACGCAUGUUGAAAAUUUUGAGUAUCAAUGGAAGGUUAUUAAUCCAUUGGAAAGCAGUGUUUUAGGCCUUUGGUCAACCAAACCCAACGUUGCGGGUCGUUCGAAAGUGAUUGUACAAUACAAUGCAGUUUACGGAAGUGAAGAGCAAUUCGGGACACUUGCAAUAUUAAAACGGCACCGGUUCUGUUUUGAAGGCUUCUUUAGUUUUGAUUUUUUUCCACAAUGUGAUGGAUUAGUUGGCGCCGUGGUUCAUUAUAAUGACCCAUUAAAAUGGGCUAUUGUUGAAGUUGCACCGGAUUUCGUCCGUCUUCGUUACAUAACCUCUAAGACAGAAGAAAAAAAAGGUUGGGGGUUUGUGAAUGUUGUGGAAAUUCCUUCAUCUUUAAAACCUGGUGCCAAAUUUUUGAAAGAUCAAUGGAAUUCCAUUCGUAUCACGCUCUCAAAUUAUAAUGUGUUUGUCCGUCUCAACAACCAAGAUAUUUUUGUAGCGGAGUUGCCAAGGAUAGGAGUUCUAUCUAAUCAAAGUCGCGUAGGAUUAUCGACGUGGAACUGCGGUGGCGUUUCGUUUGAUAAUGUUAAGCUCCAACCGUUGGACAGAACUGAUGCACUUGAAAACGUAAAUCAUUCAUCUAAGCAUGAUGUAUUGUAUAGGAGAAAUGGUUUGGAUACAACCUAUAUACAAAAUCAAUCCCAUACUAUAAUGAGUUCAAGUUUAAUCUCUCAAAAAGUAUGCCGUGCACAGCACAUUGUCGAUAGACGACAGGAGUGUAAGAAAAUUCGAGGGAUGCCGAAUGUUGGUGGAACGGCUGAAGAUUGGGAUUUUUCUUUAUUCGAGUGGAUGGACUUUUUCCUGUUACCAUGUCAAUACAACUAUUGCACGGAAUGCUGCCAAAAAAAAGUUAAAUCUUCCGUUCAAAACGCGAAAGAGUCUAGUUUGGAGGCAGUAGUCACGUCAUCUCUGUAUCUGGAUUAUCUUAACACUUUGGAAUCAAAUUGUGUUAAUGAAUGUUCCGCGCGUAAUGAUAUCGCUCAGAUAUCUUCUGAUGCUUUAUGGGGAAAAGUGAAGAAAUGCUUUUAUGAUCUAAAACUCAAUCCAAAACUAAAAGGAUCGUCUCGUGCUUAUUCAACGUUUGCGUGUUUGAAAUGUUGUGAAAGUGACCAAGAUUCAAAAAUUGUUCAAGAAUGUCGUCAUUAUUGUUUUUUUUUACAUACCUCCUUAAUGUAAAAAAAAAAGCUUAAUUACGCACCGUCACGAGUUUUCGACAAUAAAUAAUUUAAUUUAAGCAAGAUUUUUCUAAGGUAUCGAGUGCGUUGUAGCUUUUUACUAUGUUAAAUUUCAAUUACAAACGUUGUCGAAUUAAACAAUAUCAACUACUAAUUAGGCUUAACAGAGUAGUGUGUUAGCUUUUAAAAUUCAC